AUGGGCCUUAAUCACCACUACCGCUCGGUCUCAGCAAACGAUGAAUCCUUUCCCCUCGCGGAGAAGGAGGGGCCGGUGAAAUCGGGAUGGGGCAAGCAGUCAAUCCUGCUUUCGCUUGCGACGGGGACACUCUUUGUUGCCGUGAUUGCAGCUGUGCUGGCUACAAUCUCAUCUGCCGUGGUCUCGUAUAAGUCCGGGACCACUCCGGCCGCCACUGCCACCGCCGGUGCCGAUGCCGUCCUAGCCACGUCCACGAAGACAUCGACCAGUGCACUCCCAACCGUUGUCUUGGAUGGUACCAAUACCGGUACGGAGACCGAUGCGAUCCCCUCUGCCGACACAAUCCAAAACUGUGGAUAUUCAGCAGAUGAAGCUCGCGCGAAAGGUUGUGUCUUUGACGUGAUGAUGCAACUCUGGACGCCCGCAGCUUGCUUCGACGAAGUUCUCUCAAACCGCUUCCUGGAUGUGGGUAACUGGACGUGGUAUGUUGAUUCCUCAGCGACAACAAGUUAUACCUUGGAAGAGAUGAGAAAGGGCGAACACGAUGCGGUUUACGUGGCUCAAGACUACCACGUAACCCACUGUAUCUACGCCUGGGAGAAACUGGUUCGUGCCAUGAGAAAUCAAGAACCUCUUAUUAUGGAGUUGAUUUCCUACGACCACGUCAUCCAUUGUCGACACAAGACACUCCAGCGAGCUGAUGGCGGUUCUACGAUCCGCGGUGUCCGUGCCCCGACUGGUUAUACGCAAUGUGCCCCUUACGACACCUGGAAGUAUCAUCUUCCUGCCAACGAGCACUCCUCUACCGACUAA